GCUGGGGAACACGGGGACUGGGCAGCUCUGCCAAAAGAAGGAUGGAAAAGCAAGAGAGAGAGAUUUUGCCAACUAAACCACCUAGAAAGGGGAGGCUCACUCUUAUGCUGGCCCUGACAACCUUGGCAGCUGCCUUCGGAUCAGCUUUCCAGUAUGGCUACAACAUCGCAGUGGUUAACACACCUCACAGGGUCUUGAAAUCAUUUUACAAUGAAACCUACUUUGAACGCUACGGCCAGUUCAUGGAUGAGAAUUUCCUGUUGCUUCUCUGGUCCAUCACAGUGUCCAUGUUUCCUCUGGGGGGCCUUCUGGGAGCACUCAUCGUGGGUCCCCUGGUGGACAGGUAUGGCAGAAAGAGGACCCUGCUAAUCAAUGACAUCUUUGCCAUUGUCCCUGCCAUCUUGAUGGGAUCCAGCAAAGCUGCUAAGUCAUUUGAGAUGAUUAUCCUUUCCCGGGUGAUGGUGGGAAUCUGUGCAGGUAUAGCCUACAGUGCCCUGCCCAUGUACCUGGGGGAACUGGGACCCCCAAACCUGAGGGGGACAUUAGGAACAAUGACAGAGCUUUUUGUUAUCACGGGAGUCUUUCUAGCACAGAUCUUCAGCCUCCAGGACAUUUUGGGGAAUACUGAAGGCUGGCCUGUGCUCCUGGCAAUCACGGGAAUCCCUGCAGCUCUGCAGCUCCUCUCCCUGCCCUUUUUCCCAGAGAGUCCCAGGUACACGUUGAUUCAGAAAGGCGAUGAAGACCAGGCCAGAAAAGCUCUGAGGAAACUGAGAGGCUGGGAGGAUGUGGAGAAUGAGAUAGAGGAGAUGCGCCUGGAGGCCCAGUCAGAGAAAGCUGAAGGUCGCCUGUCUGUGAUCAACCUCUUUACCUUCAAGCCCCUGAGGUGGCAGCUGAUUUCCAUCAUUGUCCUAAUGGCUGGCCAGCAGCUAUCCGGCAUCAAUGCGAUCAACUACUACGCAGAUAUGAUUUAUGCCAAAGCAGGUGUGAAUCCCAUGCACUCGCAGUACGUGACCGUGGGCGUCGGCAUUCUCAAUGUCGGGAUGACCAUGAUCUCAGCUUUCAUUGUGGAGAUCUUGGGGAGACGUGUCCUAGUGCUGGUCGGCUACGGAAUAUGUGGUUCAGCCUGCAUAGUGCUGACCCUGGCUCUCAUCUUCCAGAACAGGGUUCCAGAGCUGUCUUACCUCAGCAUCGUCUGUGUCUUCGCCUACAUCGCAGGCCACUCCAUAGGACCCAGUCCUAUUCCUUCGGUAGUAAGGACUGAAAUAUUCCUGCAAUCCUCCCGGCCAGCUGCCUUCAUGGUGGAUGGGACUGUCCAUUGGCUCACCAAUUUCAUUAUAGGACUGGUGUUUCCAUUCAUCCAGGAGGGCAUUGGUGCUUACAGCUUCCUCAUCUUCGCUGCAGUCUGCCUCCUCACUGCCAUCUACAUCUAUGUGGUUAUUCCGGAGACCAAGGGCCAAACAUUUGUGGAAAUCAACCGGGUUUUUGCCAAAAGAAAUAAGGUGGAAAUCCCAGAGAAGAAAAAAGAAGAAACAACAGAUUUAGAUUCUUGUCCAUACCCAACUUCUGCCAAGGAAACAAAUUUUUAAUGGUCCCAACCAUCUGAGCAAGUCAUCGGCAACCUUUUCCUACCCUUCAGAGAAGAUCAUCGCAAUAGUGAGCCGCUCAUCUUUUCUCCUCAUUGGUAGCCAAAAGGCACUUGUGCCAAGCACUGUGCAAAGCACUUUUUACAAAUAUUAUCUCAUUCGAUACUCAUAACUGCCAUGUAAGGUGAGCUCUUAUUGUCCCUAUUUUUCACUUGAAGAAACUGAGGCAGGAGUGAAGUGGCUUUCCCAGGGUUACAUAGCUAGUAAAUAUCUGAAAUGCUUUCUGACUUCCAGUGCUUUAUCUAUAGCACAACCAGGAAACUUUCUCUAUUGGUAAUGAUCUUACCCUCUGAACCUCAUUUUAUUUUGUACCUCUUUAAAGCACUUAUCGUGUAAUACCAUAUAUUGUCCUCUGUAUAUUAAUCCCUUACUAGACAGUAAACGCCAUGUGGGCAUGUCUUAUAUAACUUAAAUAAUAUAAUAUGUCUUAUAACCCACUGUCUGGUUCUACACUCUGUACAAAGUAGCCAUUUAAUAAGUAUUUGAAUGAAGGAAUAAAUAUGGAAAGUUUUCACUGAGUUAACUCAAAAACAAUCAAUUUCCCUUGCCUAGCUAAUUACCAAGACUGUCAGGCAGAUUAAAUGAGCUGAAGAUGGAUGGGUAUUUGAACUAUUACCUAUAGAAAGUAAUAGGUAUAUCUAGAUAGAUAUAUAGGUAUAGUAUAUACAUGUUACGGAAUAUUAUUGUUCCAUAAGAAAUGAUCAGCAGAAUCAUUUCAGAAAGUUCUGAAGUAAUGCUAAAUGAAAUGAGCAGAACCAGGAGAUCAUUGUACACAGCAACAACAAGAUUAUAAGAUGAUCAAUUCUGAUGAAUACAGCUCUUUUCGGAAUGAGGUGAUUCAAGUCAAAUCCAAUGGACUUGUGAUGAAGAGAGCCUCUGCACCCAGAGAGAGAACUGUGGAGACUGAGUAUGGAUCACAACAUAAUUUAUGAAACAUAAUUUGUUCACCUUUUUGUUAUUGUUUGCUUGAUUUUUGUUAUUUUUUUCAUUUUUUCCCUUUCUUAUGUGAUUUUUCUGGUGCAGCAUGAUAAAUGUGGAGAUUUGUAUAAAAUUGUACACGUUUAACAGAUAUUUGAUUAUUUGCUGUCUAGGGAAGGGGAUAGAGGAAGGGAGGGAGAAAAAUUUGGAACACAAGAUUUUGUAAGGGUGAAUAUUGCAUAUAUUUUGAAAAUAAAAAGC